AUGUUCAUUACACUACCCUAUACCACACACGUAAUCAUUUCUAUUUUUCUCCAUGUACUCGGCAUCACACUCUGUUUAUUCAUCUGGAACAUCUUUCCUAGGAAUGUGAGUUUUAACCUUCCUAUUCCUUAUUACAGAAGAUACUUAGAAACUAAGGAGCGACUAGCUUUUCUAGUACACACACUUUUUGGAACUAAUCAUCCACAAUUCCCAUUCAUCGGAAAUUUGCUGGUUUAG